CCGAACUUGGGGGCGAACUUUGUCCAAUAGGAUAAACUGAUGACAUUUAUCCGUUUCAGCAUCAAGACUUCCGGCGGCCAACACCAAGCAACAUGUGAACACAAAAAUCCUCACCACCAACAGGCGGAAGCUAGAUCAAAACAGGGGUUACACGUAAGAGGCGCAAAAGGCGCUCACAAGACUGGUUUUGAUGCAUCAGGCAUUGGCUCCUCACGGCCACGGACCGAUUACAAGACGGGACAAAAGGCUUGUUGA